AUGUCUGGCUUCCGUGCCGGCCCCCGGAAGGGCGAGAACUUCGAGCUCGCGGCCGACCUGAACAGCGAGUACAAGGACAAGCGGAAGGAUGCCAUCAAGCGCGUCAUCGCGAACAUGACCGUCCAAAAGGACGUGAGCGGGCUGUUCCCAGACGUGCUGAAGAACAUGCAGACGGACGACCUCGAGCAGAAGAAGCUCGUCUACCUCUACCUGAUGAACUACGCCAAGACGCAGCCGGAGCUCGUCAUCCUCGCCGUGAACACGUUCGUGAAGGACACGGACGACCCGAACCCGCUCGUGCGCGCGCUCGCGAUCCGCACGAUGGGCUGCCUCCGCGCGGAGAAGAUCAUCGACUACCUCUGCGACCCGCUCCAGAAGUGCCUGAAGGACGACAACCCGUACGUGCGCAAGACCGCCGUGCUCUGCGUCGCGAAGCUCUACGACCUCAAGCCCGAGCUCGUGCUCGAGAACGGCUUCCUCGACCAGCUCCGCGAGCUCAUCUCGGACAGCAACCCGAUGGUCGUCGCGAACACCGUCGCGGCGCUGUCCGACAUCCACGUCGCCGCCGCCGCGUCCGGCGCGCCGGGGGACACGUUCCCGAUCACGAACGAGAUCGUGAACAAGCUGCUCAUCGCGCUCAACGAGGCCUCGGAGUGGGGCCGCGUCGCGAUCCUCACCGCGCUCGCGCGGUACACCGCCGAGGACGCGGGCGAGGCGGAGCACAUCUGCGAGCGCGUCGUGCCGCAGCUGCAGCACGCCAACGCGUCGGUCGUGCUUUCCGCGACGAAGGUGAUCAUGAUCCACAUCCGGGCGAUCAGCUCGGACGGGCUCGCGAAGACGCUCGCGCGCAAGAUGGCGCCGCCGCUCGUCACCCUGCUCUCGAACCCGCCCGAGGUGCAGUGGGUCGCGCUCCGGAACAUCAACCUCCUCCUCCAGAAGCGCUCGGACGUGCUGACGAACGAGAUGCGCGUCUUCUUCUGCAAGUACAACGACCCGCUCUACGUCAAGGUCGAGAAGCUGGACAUCAUGGUCCGGCUCGCGACGGAGAGCAACGUGGACCCGCUCCUGAGCGAGCUCAAGGAGUACUCGCAGGAGGUCGACGUCGACUUCGUGCGCCGGAGCAUCAAGGCGAUUGGCCAGACGGCGAUCAAGAUCGACGAGGCCGCGGAGCGGUGCGUCAACGUCCUCCUGGAGCUCAUCGGCACCCGGGUGAGCUACGUCGUGCAGGAGGCCGUCGUCGUGAUGAAGGACAUCUUCCGGAAGUACCCGUCGACGUACGAGGGCGUGAUCCCGGUGCUGUGCGGGAACCUGGACGAGCUGGACGAGCCGGAGGCGAAGGCGUCGCUGAUCUGGAUCAUCGGCGAGUACGCGAAGAAGAUCGACAACGCGGACGAGCUCCUCGGCAUCUUCGUCGACACCUUCACGGAGGAGUCGUAUCCCGUGCAACUGCAGACGUUGACCGCGGUGGUGAAGCUGUACCUGCAAAAACCGGAGAGCUCGCAGGGUCUGGUGCAGAAGGUGCUGAACACCGCGACCAAGGACUGCGACUCGCCCGACGUGCGAGAUCGCGCGUACAUCUACUGGCGGCUGCUCUCGACGGACCCCGGGGCUGCGAAGACGGUCGUGCUUGCCAUCCGCCCACCGAUCACGCUGCCACGGACGACCGUGUCUGCCGCGCUGCUCGACGAGCUCCUGGGAGACAUCCCGCUGCUCGCCAGCGUGUACCACAAACCCGAGGAGACGUUCAUCGGCCGGGGACGCGUGGGCGUGGACUCGAUGCAGCGGAAAGGCUCCGAACCGAGCGACGACCGCUCGUCGACCCAAAAGGCGCUCCAGACCGUCGCCGCCGGGCAGCAGGCCGAGAACCUGCUCGACUUCGACGACGACGACGGCGCGGCGAACGGGCAGCCGUCGGGCCUCGCCGCGACGACCGUGCUCGCGCAGACGCCCGCGGCCGCGAGCCUGCUCGCGGGCACGUCGAGCAACCCGCUCGACGACCUCGUCUCCAUCUUUGGCGCGACGAGCUUCAGCCCGUCGCCCGCGCCGCCGCAGGGUGGGAUGGGAGGCAUGGGUGGUAUGGGCGCGGCGCCGAUGACGCCGGCGCAGCCCGCGGCGCAGACGCAAGCACAGGCGCAGUCGGGGCAGGACGACCUUCUGGGGCUGUUCUAG